CCUCCGUGUGUGGGACCAACAUCACCGACUCAACACAGUUCAGGACUCCACAAAAAAAAAAAAAAAAAAAAAGUUUUGGACCCAAGUCGUGAUGACCGGAUUUCGGCUCAACUUGUCACCGCUGAAGGAGCCACUGGGCUUCGUCAAACUAGUGGAGUGGCUCACGGCCAUAUUUGCUUUUGGAAGCUGCGGCGGCUUCGUGGCAAAGAACAUCGUGUCCAUCUUCUGCGGCGAUGGCAGGAACGAAACGCUCACCGCGAACUUCCACUACCCCUUUAGGUUAAGCGAAGUGCCGCUCAUCGAGGGAAACUCCACGAUAUGUAACCACUCCGUCGGCACCACGCACCUGAUGGGUGACUCGUCCUCCGCGGCCGAGUUCUUCGUGGGCGUCGCCAUCGUCUGCUUCCUGUACAGCAUGGCCGCCCUAUUAGUUUAUUUGGGUUACAUGCACGUUUACAAGAACUCUGACUUUGGACCCAUUUUGGACUUUGUGAUCACGGCGGUCAUAGUGUUCCUGUGGCUGGUGUGUUCGUCCGCUUGGGCCAAGGGUCUGCAGAACGUGAAGGACGCCACGGACACCGAAGGCAUCGGUGCCACCGUCGCGCUCUGCAAGGGCGGCAACAUCACCUGCGAGGUCACCGAGUUCGCCAACCUGCGCACGCUCAAUAUCUCCGUGGUAUUUGGCUACCUCAAUAUGUUCGUGUGGGCCGGCAACGCCUGGUUUGUGUACAAGGAGACUCGCUGGCACUCGCAGAAAAUCUCAACUCAACCGGGACCGGGGAGGCAGCAGGUUCCAGCGGCUAUCUGACGCACACAAACACCGUAAACAAACACCUUAUUUUAUUGGCAAAUUGGUGUUUUGUACCCAAAAAUCCCCUUUUUGCUGAUGCCCCAAUGCAUUUAGAAUAUCAAAUUCCUACUUUCUUACAACAAAGAUAGCUUUUCAUGUUUAUUAAGUAGUUUGACGAAAGAAAUUCAGGGUUAUCAUUAGGGUACUGGUAUUAUCCCUCGGCUUGUUCUCAUAGAGGGAAGAUACUUAUUAUGACUGAAUAUUAUUGUGCAUUAGUAUUUUUUUUUUUUUUUGCAGAGAAAGAGACUCAUUGUGAGCUCAGGAUGCUUUUUUCCUGCCUUUGUUCACGAAGAACAUUUAAUGAGGCUCUCCUGGCUUUUGAAUGAAUUGAUCUGAUUAUAUAUUUUUCAUCUUUAUUCAUCCCAGAAAAGGUGCUCGCUGCAUGCGUCCAAAAAAAGACGGAAACCUAAUUGUAUCAGGAGAGGUAUUCAAUCUUUCUGCGCCUUUCUCCAUGCCAGGAUUUAUUUAAGAAACUGAGUGUCAACACCCCUGUCAAAUUUGAAUGAUAUUAAAAAAAAAUAAUAAUAAUAAAAUCCCCACGAAUAGAAAAUGAGACUUCACAAUCGUGAAAAAAAAGUCAAGCCCUUGUCUCCGUUCUCAGACACUGUGGACGUGUCUGCUGAAUGCAACAACGAAGCAUUCUUAAAAAAAAAAAAAAAAAAAACUCUAUAUCUCCACAAAUGAGGACUACAUAUUUCUCAGUCUUUGCACGUUUUCAGCAAUUAUCUUCCAACAAGUAUAGUACAUUUAGAGACAAAACUCUGAAUUUACUCUUUAAAUCCUGGUUAGAAUUGAGUUUUUCCAGAAACAACUGAUGAAGUUGUGGAAUGUAGUAUUUUUUUACAUGCUUAUUCUCUUGCCUUUUUAAAGAUUGAACCAGGCUAAUUAAACACAUCUUCCUCCUCCAGGAAUAGAAAUGAAAUGAAAAGGCAAAAACCAAAUAUCAUGUCAGGAUUUCCUGGCGUUUUAUUCCUAGUGAGGUACGCUGGGCCGCUCUCGUCCAAAUCCGUGUCAUUCCGAGGGGGAGUGAUGGGAGCUGUGCCGUGAGUAAUACAUCUUUCUACCCAGUUGUCAAGGAAAUAUCUCUGGUGUUAUUUCCUCCCUAUUACUUAUGGAUGAGGAGGCAGAGGCAGAAUGUUGAAUAGCGAUGUUGGGCUCGCGGAGGACUAGAUGCCGAUAUUUGACACUCAUUGGAGGCAAUUAGCGUUGCCAAAUUCACCUUUAAGAUCAUUUCAAAUAUGUUCACGUCAUGUUCCAUUCACUGUUUUUCCUCUCAUUCUGUAGUGUUUUAUGCUUGAUUUGUUUGCAUUGAGGUGGCUGUUCGAGAUAUUUCCAGUGUAUUUUCAUAUCUGUUUUGCUAAAAAAUGUAAGUAGAUGGAUGUCAAAUAAAAUACUGAAUGUGGGGGGGCUAUACUGGUUAUGCCUCUGCAUAUGCUCUAUCCUCAA